CGUCUCCUUGGUCGCCAUCGCGUGUGCCAACGUGAUGCCGGAGGGCUUCGCCCCAGAAGAGACGGCCGAGGCAGUUUCAGCGCCCGCAGAUAGCAGCCCCACAAAACGUGGUCUGCCCCCUCAUGGCUAUGGGCUUGGACACGGCGGCAAACAUCUGGGCGGCUUCUACCCACGGAAGGAGAUUCCCCCGGUCAUCAAAGAGACCGUUAAAGUUGCGGAGCCCUAUCCCGUUGGUGUCAAGUUCCCUGUUCCAGUUGACCGGCCUUAUCCCGUGUUCAAAGAAAUCCCUGUUCCUGAACCUUUCCCUGUUGAAGUCAAGGUCCCAGUUGAUCGCCCCUACCCUGUGGAAGUUCCAGUCCGUGUUGAACACCCCUACCCUGUUGAAGUCCCUGUACCCGUGCCUCAGCCCCAACCGUACCCUGUCAGAGUCCCAGUUCGAGUCCCUGAACCCUACCCUGUUCAGGUCGAAGUCCCUGUCGAUCACCCCUACCCUGUUGUAGUGGACCGGCCUUUUCCUGUCGUCGAGCGAGUUCCAUUUGAAGUGCAAGUCCCCGUGGAACGUCCCUACCCAGUUGAAGUGCGAGUCCCUGUCCCUGAACCUUUCACUGUGGAAGUGCCAGUAGACAGGCCCUACCCUGUGUACGUCGACAGGAAAGUCCCCGUCCCUGAGCCCUACCCCGUCGAGGUGCCUGUGCAGGUUCCCGUCUACAUCCCUAUUGAGGUCCCUGUCGAGGUGCCCGUUGACCGUCCCUACCCAGUUGAAGUGCGGGUUCCUGAGCCCUACCCCGUAGAACUGCCUAUUGGCAUUCCUCAGACACCACUCCCGCUCGCACUGUCUCAGACAUAUCCAGUAGGAAAGCUGGCGCCAUCUUUACCCUUCGGACGUUUUGGUUUCGGAAGCCCUGUCCCUGAAGUGCCUGUCGCAAUCUCAGAACCUUAUUCUUUCCUUGAUGUUGAGGACUGCAUUUACCCUGAACCAGUGACCUCUCUGUUGCCCGGAAAAUUCCCUGGACUCUUACCCUACGCCUUGAAGGAACAGAGUCCGAUCUUUCGCCUUGGUUACAAUGGCUUCUGAUGAAGCCACCUGCGCUAAUUUAAAUGAUUGUAUUCGUAAAUGAAUUAUUUAUUUAUGUGAAACAUUGCAGAUAUAUGUUAAUUAGAGGACGUAAUUUGACUGCCGAUCAGUAUUGUAAUUUAUUUGACUUUAAAACAGUUGUAUUCUUAAAUUAUCCCUUUCCUAAUUUG